AUGGUAGGGCGUGCUUCACUCGCCCGCUGCGCCUGCCGUCGCGUCGCCCCUGCUGUCCCAUCCCGUCCUGUCGCCCCUGCUGUCCCGUCCCGUCGCCCCUGCCGUUGCGUCGCCCUUGCUGUCCCGUCCCAUCCCGUCCCGUCCUGUCGCCCCUGCUGUCCCGUCGCCCCUGCUGUCCCGUCGCCCCUGCUGUCCUGUCCUGUCGCCCCUACCGUCGCGUCGCCCCUGCUGUCCCGACCCGUCUCGUCGCCCCUGCUGUCCCGUCCUGUCGCCCCUACCGUCGCGUCGCCCCUGCUGUCCCGUCCCGUCCCGUCGCCCCUGCUGUCCCGUCCCGUCGCCCCUGCCGUCGCGUCGCCCCUGCUGUCCCGUCCCGUCCCGUUGCCCCUGCUGUCCCAUCGCGACGCCCCCUGCUGUCCCGUCCCGUCCCGUCGUCCCUGCUGUCCCGUCCCGUCCCGUUGUCCCUGCUGUCCCGUCGCGUCGCCCCCCUUCUGUCCCGCCGCGCUGCGCCGUCCGUCCCGUCCCGUCGCCCCUGCUGUCCCGUCCCGUCGCCCCUGCCGUCGCGUCGCCCCUGCUGUCCCGUCCCAUCCCGUCGCCCCUGCUGUCCCGUCGCCCCUGCUGUCCCGUCACGCCGGCACUGCCGUCGCGUCGCCCCUGCUGUCCCGUCCCGUCCCGUCGCCCCUGCUGUCCCAACACGUCGCCCCCUGCUGUCCCGUCCCGUCCCGUCGUCCCUGCUGUCCCGUCCCGUCCCGUCGUCCCUGCUGUCCCGUCGCGUCGCCCCCCUUCUGUCCCGCCGCGUCGCGCCGUCCGUCCCGUCCCGUCCCGUCCGCGUCGAGCUUCCCGUCCCGUCCCGUCGCACGCGCCCCGUGCGCCCUGCCCAUCCGUCGCGCUCCCGCUGCGCCCUGCCCGUCCGUCGCGCCCCGUGCGCCCUGCCCGUCCGUCGCGCCCCGUGCGCCCUGCCCGUCCGUCGCGCUCCGUGCGCCUUGCUCGUCCGUCGCGCCCCCGCUGCGCCCUGCCCGUCCGUCGUGCCCCGUGCGCCCUGCCUGUCCGCGCCUGUCGCGCCCGUCCCUGCCAGUCACAUCCGUCCCGUUUUGUUGCACUGUCUGUCACACCCUACGCAAGCCCUUUAGGCGUUUAGGGUUUCGGCAGCAGCAGUAUCCACCUCUACGCUUCCGCUAUGGCGACCCCUAG